AUGGUUUUGCUGGCUCUGGCCGUUACUGUCCCAUUUCUGCUGCUCCGCACCUCCGAAACCUCCGCUCAUUACUACGAGAUGAUGGGCACCUGUCGGAUGGUUUGCGACCCGUACAGCCCCAAACCGGGAGGUGCCACCGCCAUGGAGGUGAUCCAGAACGUGAACGGUGUCGCCCCCCCGCAGCCGCCGAUGGCGCAAGGAAGUCGCGGGGAGCCAGGGAGACCGGGUAAACCGGGACCCAGGGGCCCGCCGGGAGAGCCAGGACCCCCAGGUCCGAGGGGGCCACCGGGAGAGCGCGGCGACAGUAAACUCGCCUUCCCCGCUUUAACCGGAGCUGCGCGGGUUGAGAACGGAGACACAGACGGUGUGAACUCCACAAACAACAGUUUCAGGAUCGCUUUUUACGUCGGGCUGAAGAAUCCACACGAGGGAUAUGAGGUGUUAAAGUUUGACGACGUGAUUACAAACUUGGGGAACCACUACGAUGCGAGCACCGGGAAGUUCACCUGCCAUGUGUCCGGGAUCUAUUUCUUCACCUACCAUGUGCUGAUGCGGGGAGGGGACGGGACCAGCAUGUGGGCCGACCUGUGCAAGAACGGACAGGUUCGGGCCAGUGCCAUAGCUCAGGAUGCAGACCAGAACUACGACUACGCCAGCAACAGUGCCGUGCUGCACUUGGACUCUGGAGACGAGGUCUACGUCAAGCUGGACGGCGGCAAAGCUCACGGAGGCAACAACAACAAGUACAGCACCUUCUCCGGCUUUAUCUUAUACCCCGAUUAAACACAACACAGCAGGCCCAUGGACUGUAACCAUCACUGAAAACUGUUUCCAGUAAAGUAUAUGUUCUAAUAGCCUGUGUUUCUUUUCUUUAUAUUUAUAAGUGCCACAAUGCAACUGUUUGUCCUGUUCAUUUAGUGACAUAUCUUUUUAUUUGUAUUUCAUUUAUCUUAAGUUCAAUUGGAGGUUGCUGUCACCAGUGAUUAUGUAACAUCAGUAACAUGUUAUUUUAAUUCUUCUGAAUUAAGGUGAAAACUCACUGGCUGCUAACAGGCUUAGAGGUUCCUACAGUACAGUGUGUAAUAUAUUGAAGUACAGUAAAUACAGUACAUCCUUAUCCCCACAAUCCAGCUGUCAUGCACCUUAAACUGGAUGAGCUGCACCUGUUUUAUGACCGAAACGGUGUGAUGAGUUCACUGGAAAGUGCCAAAGCGGACAGACGUCACAUCUAAAUGCAUUAGAUCAGACACAAAAAGUUUUAACCUAACCUCAUACUUUGAUCGCUGUACCGAGCAGAAUCAUGGUGCUUUCAGUAGCAUUCAGUGUUUCACAA